UAGUGAAAAGCUGAUGUGAGUGUCUACAUUCCGUAAUCAUGGAAAAAAUAUUAAGAGGAAUAAUGAGGUACCGUGUGUUGGAUCGCGCAAGUAUGGUAAAACAAUUUCAAGAAGUAAAAAACAAUCCUACGCCUAAGGCGGUAUUCUACACAUGCAUGGACAGUAGAAUGAUCCCAACCAGAUUCACUGAGACAAGCGUUGGUGAUAUGUUUGUAGUGCGAAACGCUGGUAAUGUAGUACCUCACUCACAGUACUUUGUAGACGAAAUGACCAGCUGUGAGCCAGCUGCAUUGGAACUGGGCUGUAUACUGAACGACAUAAGACACAUUAUUGUAUGUGGCCAUAGCGAUUGUAAAGCGAUGAAUCUUCUUUAUAAACUUAAGAGCAAAGAAGAAUCAAGUAUAGAACAAAGAAGACUAUCUCCUCUAAAGUCGUGGCUAUGUUCACAUGCACACACUAGUCUCAAUAAAUUUAUAGAAAUGAAUAAUGAUUUCACAAAGCCCAUGCUUUUUACGGGUGAAACACCGCAACGAAAGUUUGUCGCCUACAUAGACCCAGAUAACAAAUUUUGCAUAGAAGACAAAUUAUCACAGGUGAAUACACUACAACAGUUACAAAACGUGGCCUCAUACGGAAUGUUGAAGAAACGUUUGGAGAAGCACGACCUACACAUUCACGCUUUGUGGUUUGACAUCUACACUGGUGAUAUUUACUACUUCAGUAGGAGGGCAAAGCGAUUUAUCAUUAUUGAUGAAUCUUCUUACGAGUCAAUACUGGCUGAAGUCCGAAGAUUCUACUCCUAACAAUUUAAUUAUAAUACUCAUAAUCAUUCUGUCUCGAACGCAUUUGCUUAAUAUUUUAGUCGUAGAUCACAGAAAGCGAUAAUAUCGAACGAUUGAAACGAAAAGUUAUUGGCGGGCAUUGAGGUAGUUGUGAUUGCGAUUUGAUUGUUUGUACUUACUAAGAAAAUUAUGUUUAUGUGUGUCCAGUGAAGGCUGACGAAUCGAAAUCACAAGAAAUACAGCAAGAGUCAGUUUGCUUUAACCAAAUAAGAUAGUUUUAGGCAUAAUACUUACUUUUUUGGAGUGUUAUAUUUGAUAAAGAUCAUUAUGUAUUUUUUAUUGAAACUUUUUUUAUCGUGGUUAGAGAUAGGUUUAAAGAAACAAGCAGGUUUCAAAAGUUAUGUAAUUGCAUGGAGUAUAUAGAAUAGGUGCUGUUACUGCUUAAGAAGUGCCUGCCGAAGUGUUAAAUAGAAAACGCUAUAGUAUCAAGUUGGUAAUUUCAACAAGUUUACAUGUUUUACAGUAACUGAAGUCCUCUUGUUACAGUAGCGACAUCUAUCUAAUACAUUUCGAUAAAUAUUUUAUUAAGUCAUAUUACCUUUUAAUCGCCUUAUUAUCUUUAUAUUCCAUGCUUAAUUAAUUCAAUGCAAAUAAGAAUCUUUGUGCAACGCGGUCGCUUAGCAUUCAAACGUGGUAUCUAAAAAUAGAAAAGCCGUGCCUACUUUCCAGAUAUGCAACCGAAUGUACAUAAUUGCACUUCAGUGGCAACAUUUAACCGAAGAAACCAGGAAUUGUAAUUUCAUAAGAAUGUAACCACUGAGGUGCGGUUAACUAUUUACACUUUCUAUUUAAUUAACUUUAAUUUAAGACAAGGUUUUAAAAUAAGUAGUUCGUUUAUUAAUUUUAUUUAUUAUUUUAAUGUUUUUAUAAGUAUCUUGCCUUUGAUUUGGGACCAAAAAUAAAUAAUAUUUUUUGA